CAGGCUGCUGCCAUUGUUCUGUUUUAUUUGCGUACGCGUUACGUAGGCAGGACAACGUAACAAAGGUAGGGAUUUAGGGAAGUAUUUACAGAACACUGUCUACGCACUCAGUACGGUGGUUUCAGAUUGCUACAUGCUGAGGCUUGGAUUCCCUACGUUAAAGUGCUGACAGUGCAGGAUCGUCUGUACACUGGGAGCUGCAGCAGCAGUACGAAAUCCACAGUUUACUGUGAGUCUAUUUGCUUUCACUCUUGACAAGGAGUCGUCAUUGGACUAUGCCACGUUGUUUUGUAAAUGGUUGCUCUAAAAAACAAAUGUGGGGGAAAAAAAGGGAUACCACUAUGCAUUGCUUUCCGACAUCGCCUAACAGAAUAAGGUCAUGGAUACAGAGCUCUGGACAAGCUGUGGAGGACAUGGAUAAUCUGGUUGAAAAAAUAAUAGAAACAAAGAAAAACUCUGUAUUCAGAAUGUGCUCAAGGCAUUUCACGGAAAAUGAUUAUGAAAUGAUUGGCGUACGCAAAUACCUAAAGAAGGACGCAAUACCAACCAUAUUUGACAGUCCCUUAACAAAUCCAGACAUUUUAAACAUAAAUGAACCACAAUCUACAGAAAGCAUUCAACCUCCACCCAAAAAGAAAAGGGAAUGGUCACACAAAACUAGACACACUUCUACACAUGGUCUAAUAACAACAAGGUCUAUAGGAACCUGGACUGGUCUCAUAUCAGAAGUUUUUGAAGAGUUGUCCGUGGAAUUACAGACAAUGAGGAGUUAUAACACUACGACACAGAAGAAAACAUGCAAUAUAGUAAAUAGUCCUUUGAAAGUUCCAGACAUCCAACCAACCUCUACAAGUGAACUGCAAACAAGCGACCCUAGAACAUCAUCAGUGCCUAGCCCCAUUACAAGCAGGUCUCAGUGUCACAGAAAAUCACUGACCUCGAACAAGAUGAAGAAGUUGCCUGAGCAGAUCCUGGAUCACAUCCUGGAGAUUCUCUACCUGCUGACGGGAGAGCGUGUGACUAACUCACUGACAGCGAGUCACAUGACCGGGGACAAGAUGACAACAGAGAAAAUACUGACCCACACCCUGCAGAUCGUGUACCUGCUGACAGGGGAGGAGGAGUCCGGUUAUAUAGAGGGACACAAGGAGCAUUACACGGACUUCAUGAUGGAGACUCGCCAAGCACUAACGGCUAUGGAGAUCCCAGGAAAUGAGAGCUCAGAACCAACAGGUCACAGUGAUGUAAAUCUAGACACAGGAGCUGCAGAACAGGUGCUGCGAGUGGAUACAGACAAUGGAUACACUGAUAUAGUGAAAGUUGAGAUAACAGAAGAUCUGUGUGUAACACGUCAUCUUGGAACCCCGAAUGAGGAAACCAAUGACAGUAUCAGCUCAGGCGAAGAUAAUGCGAAUAAAGUGAAAGUUGAGAUAUCAGAAGAUCUGUGCGUGAGGCUGGGAGCCACAGAUGAGAAAACCAGUGACUGUAUCAGCCCAGGUGAUGUUAAGACUGAAGUCACACUUAACACUGAACAAACAAAUGAUUUGUAUGUAAAGCAGCAACUAGAAGCUGUGAAGCAGGAAAACAGUGUCAAUAUCCGUACAUGUGACGUUAAGACUGAAGUCACACUUGAUGCUGAACAAACAAAUGAUCUGUACGUAAAGAGUCAUCUGGAAGCUGUGAAGCAGGAAAUCGGUGACAAUAUCAGUGAAUGGCGUAUGGAUGUGAUGCCCUCAGAUGGUCCAGGGGUUGAGCACAGAGGAGAACCGUAUGUGUGUGAUCGGGUGAAGACUGAGGAGGAUGAAGUUCCUAUAAAUACGGCUACAGGUGAAUUUACAAACUACAGUAAUCCUAGUCAUGGUCAGACUACAGAUUCUUCUUUCAAUCUUCAUCAAUAUCAAAAAAGUAACGUGGAAAAUUUGUUUUAAACAUCACAUUUUUAGUGAUCUGACAAUGCAUACACAUGAAAGAGAUAAUUUUCAUGUUCUGACUGGGAAAUGUUUUACUUGGAAAUCACAUCUUAUUAAGCAUCAGAAAAUUUGAAAAGGAGAGAAACCAUUUUCAUUUUUCUGACUGUGGGAAAUGUUUUACUCUAAAAUCAAAUAUUACUCACCAGAAAAUUCAUACAGGAGAGAGAGAAUUUUCAUGUUUUGAAAGUGGGAAAUGUUUUACUCAGAAUUCAAGUCUUAUUUAUCAUUAGGAAAUUCAUAAAAAACGGAAUCGGAGCUUAACCUGUUAAGUGCAGAGGGCAACACUUAGUUGUCAUCCGUACAAUACCUAGAGUGCUGAUGAUGACUUCAUGUCAUCCUCUGGGGGCUGCACUUUUUAGAGUUGUUUAAAGCCUAGUCUGCACCACAAGCUGUUACCUAGUGUUUGUGUCAUUCCUAGGGGAUCUGAGGUCCUCAUAUAGUUUAGAAUAGCCAAGCAAUCAUCCAGAAUCACAAAAUAUGCCUUUAUUUGAGUAGAGUUUCAUGAGAGGGAGCCCCUAUAUACAGAUUAAAGUUAUAUAAAUAAACCUAAACCCUUUUUUGAAAUGUAGGUAUUGUUGAGGACAUAAGUGUAAAAGGCCUCCAAAUGCUUUUAUCUGUAUUAGGAUAGUCCCCUGGGCUGCUUGACGUGCAUUGUGGUAAAAUAUAACAAAUACAUUUUUUAUUUUUUUUACUUUUGAUUUUCAUUAGCUAAUUUCUAUUAAUUUCUAUUAAAAAUAUCAAAUUAUUCUCAAAUGUUUGUUUAUUAUUAAGGCUACUUAAUAUAAUUAUAGAACCACAAAACAUUUGACUUUAUAACUGAGGAAAAAACUUACUGUAUUGUAUACAACCUUGUUUUUAAAAUUGUAAUAAAAUAUUUUUUCACA